GCCCGAGCCGCCCCGCUGAGCCCCCCGACCCUCUCUCCUCUCCCCACAGCUCCGGCGGCGGCGCGGCCCUGCUCGGGCGCGGGGGGCCAGGCGGAGCCCGAAGGGGCCAGCCGGGCCACCGCCAUCCUGCGGCACCUGCUACUCAAGCUGCGGGCCACCGGGCCGGUGACGGUGGCCGAGUACAUGCGGGAGGCGCUCACCAACCCCGGCCAGGGUUACUAUACGCGCCGCGGCGGCAUCGGCGAGAGCGGGGAUUUCGUCACCUCACCUGAAAUAAGUCAGAUAUUUGGAGAGUUAAUAGGAAUAUGGUAUAUCAGUGAAUGGAUAGCCAUGGGCAAACCUGAAGCGUUCCAGCUGGUGGAACUGGGUCCAGGGAGGGGCACACUUGCUGAUGACAUAUUACGGGUCUUCAACCAGCUUGCCUCUUUACUUAGUAAAUGUGAUGUCUCUAUUCAUCUGGUAGAAGUGAGUCCCAAACUCAGUGAGACCCAAGCGCUGAUGCUGACAGGAGGGAAGGUGCAAUCAAACCCCGAGGACAAGUCUGCUUACAUGAAAGGCAUUAGCAAGACUGGAAUUCCCAUUUUCUGGUACAGAGACAUUCAAGAUGUGCCACCAGGUUACAGCUUUUACUUGGCACAUGAGUUUUUUGAUGCCCUGCCAAUACAUAAGUUUCAGAGAACAGAGAAAGGCUGGCGUGAAGUGUUGGUUGAUAUAGAUCCAGAAGUUCCUGACCAGCUGCGGUUUGUCUUGUCGCCAUCCAGUACCCCUGCGACAGAAAACUUUAUUCAGCCUGAAGAAACAAGAGAUCAUGUGGAAGUGUGUCCCGAGGCUGGUGUCAUCAUUCAGAGGCUUGCCUGUCGUAUAGAAAAGGAUGGUGGGGCCGCACUGGUUGCUGAUUACGGUCAUGAUGGAACCAAAACUGACACUUUCCGGGGUUUUCGGAAUCACAAACUUCACGAUGUGCUGAGAGCUCCAGGCACAGCAGACCUCACAGCGGAUGUUGAUUUCAGCUAUCUUCGGAAGAUGACACAGGGAAGAACAGCCACGCUAGGCCCCAUAAAACAGCAGGAGUUUUUAAAAAACAUGGGCAUUGACCUCCGAUUGCAGGUGCUCUUGCAGAAUUCACGUGACACAGCAACUCGGGAGCAGUUACUUCACAGUUAUGAUAUGCUGAUGAACCCCAAGAAAAUGGGGGACUGUUUUAAAUUUUUUGCCUUGCUGCCUCACCACAGACUUGUACAUCCUGACAAGAAACAUAAGCCAGAAUCAAAGGCUCACUUACCACCUGUUGCUGGAUUUGGUGAACUCUUACUGAAGUAAUUUCAAAGAUUAUAGCAAGAUGUAUGAUAGUUGUAGCUUUCAAUAGCAACUUUAUUUAAUAAAUUAAAAAGAAAAUCAAUGUAAAAGGAAUAGAGUCCUGCAUUUUAUAGUUUACUAAAGGUUUUGUAAUAAUGUAAUUGGCAUACAGCAUAUGCCAUAAGGUAGCUGUAAGGUAAGAACUAAGUAUUUCGAUUUAUCUUCGACCUGAAGGCACAUAAAAUGUCACUUUACUGCUCCAGGCAAUUUUUUCACACCACUCCACACUUGAGGGCCUAGCCCCAUUGUGGUAGAGUGCUACUUCAGAGUAAAUCCAGUGCAGCACAUUAAACCUGUUGACUGACCUCCUCAAAGCAGUAUGUGUAGAUAUCAAACACCACAUGUAGAGAAACCAGCAUACACAGGACGAACACUGUUUCAGGGGUUUUUACAAUAGAGGGAGUAAAGUAUUUACUAGUGAAGUCAAGUUAAAACUCAUCAGCAAAUCGUUUAAAAGUACUCAGCUUUGGUACUUGCUUAAAAGGAAAUGCCUUGACAUUUCUGAAGAUAUGUUUAUGAAGAGAAUAGUGACAGGAACCAUGCAAAAAGAGUUAUUAGUUCCAAAGCAUCUGCUAACAGAAUUCUGGUAACAAGGCAUAUCUAAUGACAAAUCCACACACAAGGAAGUAUAAAGAACCAUUUGCUAAGAACAUUUGAAAGGAGAGAAUUUGUGUAAAUAAAAAAGAAGUCUGGUAGGGAAAUAAAUUUUAUUUUCAAGCUUAUCAGAGGAUAUUUACAAACAAUGGGAUGUAUAAAAAUAUAAAAGUACUUGACAGUGUCCUUUUGAGGCUAUAAACUUUACAUGAGCUUUUUUCUAGCAUCAUCAUAGCACUAUUUCUUGAAUGAACGCAACUUAAUUCAUCUAGGAGAAAGGUUAUUAAACACUGUAACCUACUGCUGUCAAAUUUGCAGUAAAGGUAGGAAAAAAGGGAAUAAAAAAACUCAGCUAUUUUUACUACUCUGAAGAAAGGUUACUCCUAAUGUAUGUCUAAUUUUUUUUUGGCUCCUCAACUAUUAGCUGCUUGGGGCUUCUAGUGUCUGGCCCUAAAAGUCUGCAUAUAUGGUCAGACAAUCUCCUCCAAAGACCAACAGCAUUUUUUUUAAUACAACUUGAAGAAUAAAUAGCUCAUAUAAUAUUUUGGAACAGAGCAGACUUCAUGGGGAGAGACAGCAGCUAGGCCUUCUACUUCGUUACUGUCCCCUCCUCCUUCCAUUCCUGUUGUGCUUUUUCAAGUGACUGAGCUGGCUUUAUUUUCUCCCUUAUCAAAAACAACAAAACCUAUAAGAAAACCUGAAGUGACAGCUCAAGUAUAAAAUCUGAAGUUUAAAACUAGACUCUACAUUAUUACAUUUAGGAUGGAAGAUAACAUGAAAUUUCACUGAAAUUUAGUCACUUGAGCUGUGGAAGUUGAAAAAAGAAAAAAAAAAAAGCACUGCUUCCCUUGCUAAGCCUGGGCAAAUACCAGACUACUAACUUCAUCAGUGAUUGUUCUGGUUCCAAAGAUGAGAAAUAGUGCCUCUCUGAAGAAUCAGGUCCAAAACCCUGCCUUAACAGGCAGGUGAGGUUAAGGGACAAAUUCUGCCCCUGUGGAGCUGCUUUGCACUGCCUUGACAGCCACAGAAGGGGGAGGAUGACCCCCAGUGUAGGAGUGGCACGGACUGCCAUCAGGCAAGUCCCCCGCACAACCUGAGAAAAACACAUGCUAGGAGAGAGAACACAUGGUGGGCAGAAGGGCUGAAACACUCUGCCCACUGCUGGCUGUAGGAAACUGCCAUACAGGUUGCACCAAGGCCUUGUAGGAAGUUUGGUAUAUCCCUACAGGGAAACCAGAGUUCAGCCUUAACCAACUUAGACACCUACCAAAUGCAGUGGCAGUUAGAUUAAGGGCAACAGGAAAAGAAAAGCUGGGUUAAAGACCCAAGCCUACCUGCACGUACAUACUUCUGUGACUGCCACUGACUUCGCUGCCAGGUCACUCACUGCAAGCAGCUGCCAGCCCUGAAAUAACCUUGUAAGAUUUUAUGCAUAUCUAUCAGAAUAAGUCUGCUCACCUGCUUCCUUCCCUGAAUAACAAUAGGAAAAAAAUUACUUAUCUACACACAAAAAAAAGAAAAUCUUUGUAGGAGAGGAGAUACUCCAAAGCUUCUCAUUGACUUUGCAGUUCAAGCCUGUUUCAAUAUUUUAAAAAGUAUUUCAAACCAAGCUCCAGUUAAGCAGCUUGGCACAUCAGGGAUAUAUGUACAGCCAUUCAGCACCUUCCAGCAGCACAGUGCUGUUAUCCCACGCAAAAGGAAAGAUUUCACCUUUUCCAUUUUUUAAAAUAUGACCAAAAAAAAAAAAAGCCCCUCUUCUAUUUGCAUUUAGCAUUCAUGGCCUCAAACUUCUUUGAAAUACCAUGAACUUUAACUGUUAGACUGUCCUCUGAGGGAAUCAUUUCCAAAGAACACUGCUGCUGCUUCUCUGUUGUGCCACAAGUCCAGUAAGUGGUUGGGAAUCCAUCAGCUGAAGCAUCUGCAUAAAAAACUGAAUUUGGAGUUGGUCUUGGACUCUUCAUUCAGCUCUAACAACAACACUGAGCACAAUAAGGACACGAGGAGCUGCAGGUUAAGGUCAGAAGGCAAAGCCCUUUCUCCUACAACGCAGCUGCCCUGGCAGAAACAACAGGUGAUCUGAUAUCCACGGUGACUUAGGGGUUUUGAGCACAGUUAAGAUACAAGCUAGCAGGCUACAAACUCCUGAUGUAAGUCCAGGGAACCUUAAAACACAUUAGAAAAACAUCAGAAAAAUUUAAAAAUCUAAUUACUGAAAACAACAGAAGAAUGUGGCAUGUAUUUUUCCCUACUCUUCCACAUCCUUCUCCUAGAAGCUGUUUUUUCAGAGUGAAAGGAUAUGCUACAUCAAGUCUUGUAUGAUCUCUGUGCCUUACUUGCAAGUUUUAAGGCAAAACACUUUUGGUGUGUAACAAUGAUGUGUGCUGCCAGCCUUGCACAGCAACACACUGUUGUGGCUUAUUGCUCCUUUUUAACAUACAAAAUAAAGGACUAGCAUAGCUUUGAUUGUCAUCUCUUCAGAUUGUCAGCCAGCAUUUCAAGAAGAAUGUAAGAAGUUACAGGGUUUUCUUUUCUUUGGAUAUCUGGAAAAAGUUCAGUUAGGGCAAAGACACACAUAUUUAACUGUCUUAAGAGCAGCAAAUUAUUCCUUCAUCUAUGAAGCUGUAUUUCACCUAAACCACCAUGUUUUGCUAUUAGCCAAGGUAUUCCACGCUGAUUUAUUUUUACAGUCUCUUUUCACCAUGCACAGUUUAGGAAACGGGAAAUGUAUCUAAGUAACAGAAAACAGUCCUCUAUGGCCUAGUAAAUAGGGAUUAGAAAACCAUUACAAAAUUCUUAUUGCAUAGGCUAUGAA